AUGACAGAUUUUAAGUCCUUUUAUUACGAGUGCUAUUGUGCUGAAUUAGCUAAGAGCAAUAAAUCAGAAUGCAAAGGAUGCUAAAAAACUAUUGAUCAAGGAACUUUGAGAAUUGGCCAUACAGUUUAUUUUGAUGAGGAACACACUCAUAUUAACAAAAAGUGGUACCAUCCAAGUUGCUUAACACUGCCUGAAAAAUUCAAAAAUCUCAAAGUUUGGGACAUUUAGGACAUAGAUGAACUAGAUGAAAAAUAUCAUAAGGAAAUUAGAGAUGCUCUCAAAAUAUAAUAAGGUGAUAAAAAUAAAAGAGUAAAGCAUCUCCCAAAAGUUGUUGUCCGUUAACACAGACCAGUAGAAAAAGUUGAGUAACAAAAAACAUUAACAAAGGCUCAAUGGAAGGAAUACUAAUCAUACAGGAAAUUGUUCGAGAAAAAAACAGUGAAACAAUUAUAAGAAUUGUUAACUAAAAAUAAUGCUUCAGUAAGUGGAGCUAAGGAAUAACUAGUUUAUAGAUGUGCACUUUCUAAGGUAUUAGGCAUUCAGCCUAAUUGUCCUUCUUGUGGUGGGUAAAAUCUCAGAUUCUACUUUGCUGAUGGCUAAUAUUAUUGCCCUGGAUAUCUUGAUGAUACCGAUUGGGUUAAUUGUAAAAACUGGUUCGAUUUAGAUGAAGUAGAAAGAACCAAAUGGGUUGAUUGA